CUGCUUAUUUAUUGGUCAUUUUCUUCUUAUUCAGCUUCUUCUAUCUCUUCCUCCAAUUCUUCCUUUUAUUCUUUUAUCCUUCAACUUCUCCUUCUUGUACUACUUUAUACUACUUACCUUAUUUCAUCCGCUUUUUUUCCUCAAUUUUUCUUUAUCUUCUUGUUUUUUUGGUUUUUCUUCCUCUUCUCGUCCAUUUAUUGUCUUUAUCUUGUCAAUCAUGUUCUUCACCUCCUCUUUGCUCUUCUAGCUCUUCAUGCAUUUCAUGCUUCCUCCUUCGUUUUAUCUUUCCCGCUGCUCUUUCUCUUCAUUCUCUUUUUUUGUCAUUUCCUUUUCUUUCUGCUCUUCACGUUCUUCUCGUUCCUCCCAUUCUUCCCCUAUUUUGUGCCCAUCUUGCUCAGCCCAUUCUCCUUGCUUUACUGUUGCCUUGUCUCCUGCCAGUCUCCUCAAGCCAGAACAGGCCAUCCGGUCUUCCGGUUGCCACGACAGCCGGAACUGGCUAGACCCUGUAUCCGGUGCGACGGAGUACAGUUGGCAGGAGAGAGACGAAAGUCGUGUGUGUUUGAGGGUGGGGCGAGCAAGUCACACCAGCCGGUGUCUGAACUGCAUGUGUUUCGGAUUCACCACUUUGGUGGGGCGAGGUUUCCCUGCCUCUGCUUGCCCAACAUGUGCCCCUCGUCUCGGCCCCGCCGAGCCACCACUGACCGUUGGUUGUCACCAUCAAUCCGGUCCCUUUUUCCCUUUUUCUCUUUUUCCCUUUUUCAGUACGUCCGACUGUCCGACGAAGACAAAUUGGAGGAUAUAAUGACGCUGAUGAAGGACCAUUGGCGCAUGAUGGAACCGCUGCCACCGGGCCUCUGCAUUUCCGUGAUUGGCGGUGCCAAGAACUUUCAGCUGACCGGACGUAGUAAAGAGACUUUCAAUCAUGCAAGUUCACCUUUUCUCAAAAUGCUCAUGUCAACUGGUCAAUUUGCAUAG